UGAGCAGCUCCCCCUCUGCAGAGGGUGGCAAGAAAAGGAGGUCUGGGGUGGCCCAGUCCCACUGUGGGUGCAUGGGCUGUGUCCACCAUGGCCUGGACUCCUCUUCUCCUCCUGAUCAUCUCUCACUGCACAGGUUCUCUCUCCCAGCCUGUGCUGACUCAGCCAUCCUUUCUCUCUGGAUCUCCUGGAGCUUCAGCCAGACUCACCUGCACACUUAGGAGUGACAUAAGUGUUGGUAGCAAAACUAUAUACUGGUACCAGCAGAAGUCAGAGAGCGCUCCCAGGUAUCUCCUGUACUACAACUCAGACUCAGAUAAGCACCAGGGCUCUGGAGUCCCCAGCCGCUUUUCUGGAUCCAAAGAUGCCUCUGCCAAUGCAGGGCUUUUACUCAUCUCUGGGCUCCAGUCUGAAGAUGAGGCUGACUAUUACUGUAUGAUCUGGCACAGCAGUGCUUAUGUGUUCGGCGGGGGCACCACGCUGACAGUCCUCGGUCAGCCCAAGGCCACCCCCUCGGUCACCGUGUUCCCGCCCUCCUCUGAGGAGCUCCAAUCCAACAAGGCCACAUUGGUGUGCCUCAUAAGUGACUUCUACCCGGGAGCUGUGACAGUGGAAUGGAAGGCAGACGGCAACUCCGUCAGGGAUGGAGUGGAGACCACCAAACCCUCCAAACAGAGCAACAACAAGUACGCGGCCAGCAGCUACCUGAGCCUCACGCCGCAGCAGUGGAAGUCUCGCAGCAGCUACAGCUGCCACGUCACGCACGAGGGGAAAACCGUGGAGAAGACAGUGGGCCCUGCAGGAUGUUCUUAGGCCCCCAACUCUCACCCCACCCACGGGGCCUACAGCUGCAGAAUCCCAGGGAAGGGGUCUCUCCCCCAUCCCAAGUCAUCCAACCCUUCUCCCUGCACCCAGUAAACCCUCAAUAAAUGUCCUCACUGUCAACCAGAAA